UCAUUUUGUGUCGGAUAGAUAGAAGCUAAUUUCGGUAAUGUGAAUGUGCUAUUUUGUGUAAAAAGAUCGAAACUACCGGUUUUUAGAGCGUUGAGUGAAUUAAUUGAAGAUGUACUCAACAAGCGAUUCGCCAAGUUCACAAAGUUAUAACAACCAGCAGCAGUGGCCCUUAAAUCCAGCAGCAUACCAAAAUACACCAAACGAUCAAAUAGAUUGGGCUGCCUUAGCCCAACAAUGGAUUAUUAUGAAAGAAGUCGGUCCGCCAGUUCCCGAGCAACUGCUAACGCCUCCUCCACCACCAAAGAUCAACUCAGUUACGAAAGAAAAUGCUUUUGAAGGAGGUGAAGCGCCUAUGGAAGUCGAAAAAGACGAUGAUGCUCAGAAACCUAAUUGGAAUGAAAAUAAUUCAACAGAAUCGUGGGAAUGGAAUCAACAACAAAGUUGGGGAUGGAAUAAUACUUGGUCGAAUGCUUCAUCAGUUCCUUCGCCAGUUGCCAGUGCUUCAAAGGCGCCUUUACUUCCUACUCCGUCGACAUUCAAUCAAUUUUCUAAUUCGAAUGAAAACAGCAAUAAUUACGGAAGUUACAACAGAAGUUCCAGUGAGUAUACUGGUGGAUAUUGGACUGCAAGUGGCAGCAAAGGGAAACCGCACAAUAAACGGUACAGCAAAGUAAAUGUUUCCACGCGUCCGACAACCUCAUCCCCUUCGAUUGAUCCGGUCAUGUUGGAUGCUACAAAACGCAAACAACUACCUGCUUGGAUCCGUGAAGGUUUGGAAAAAAUGGAAAGAGACAAACAGAAGCAAAUAGAAAGAGAACGUGUAAAGCAGGAGAAGCAAGAGAUUAAUGAGAAAUCAUUGUUUAAUGAAAAAGAAGCUUUGGAAAUUAUCAAGUCUACAGUUAAGGAGAGGGAGAGAAGUAAAUUUGAUAGCGAUGGGGAAGAUUCACCUGUUGAGGCUGACAAUGGAGACAUUGAGGGCAUUUCUACUGAAAGUGUACAACUAACACAAGAAGAAUUGAUGAUGAAGGUGCGACGGACGAUGACGGAAAUUUUAUUAAAAGUUACGAAUCAAGAAAUACGGGCGGUAUGUAAAGAAGAAUUUCAAAGACAGUUAAGGAAAAGCAAAGCUUCAGAUCAACGUGUAUCCGCACCCAGCGGAACCAAUGCUCGCGGCAAACUCGGUAAGUUGCGCGCGCAAAGCGAUUCAUUCUUAAUUUUUAACUAUUUGAGCAGUAAUUUUUUGGGUUAUAUUUUAACAAAAGUCAAUAUAUUAUUAAAUAAAUAUGAUAUUGGUUACAUUAUUUUGAUGGGUGUUCUAUUCAGGUGGGCAUUCAAACUUAAUUUGGAGUUGAGUGUUUGUUCCAGGCACUUCACUUCAUGCGUCCACUGAUGUAGGUGUUGAAUAGCGUCAGGUUUGUGCAUGGUACUAUUUUCUUUUUCAUUGUAAAGAGUACUGUAUCUGCUUUUGCAGUAUUGAUCUUUAGAUCUUCUACCAAGUACUAUCUCUCCAAUACUUUUAUGAGUUUUUUCCGAGGUUUUGUCAUUAGAACUUCAAAACUCCCUUCAAUUAUUAUUACGAUAUCAACAUCUCUGAUUGAAGCAACCUUUGUUGUCAAAAAGUUAUU